AUGGAGAAACAUCCAGAUCCAAACGUUCGUGUUCCGAGUCAAGACCUCACGGUCAGCAGCCCUAUCAAGCCCCAGGCUCGCCCGCCUUACGAUCCAAGCGUCACUUUCGAGGAGUAUCACUAUUAUGCAGAAAAGACCCGAGAAGAAGAGUCAGCGCUUCCUUCACCCACAUUCGAUCUUCGACAUAUUUUUACCAGGAGUCGCGGGCCGGAGGAUGAACACUCUCAUAUUCGCACUCAUCUGACCGAGAUUGAUUUCACCCAUGCCGAGCGAAGAGUGAUGAUCAGCGAUGAGGAAUGGGCCACUGCGAGCCGCGCUCUCAGGUCGGCUUCCUGGGGAGCAUGCUUUUUCUUAAUCACGACCGACAUCCUGGGCCCGUACGGGACAGGCUUCACGAUGGGCACUCUUGGCUGGGGACCAGGAAUCGCGUUCUACACGGUCUUCGGGAUCAUGGCUGGAUAUUCUGGGUACUUGAUCUGGCGGGUCUUCCUGGGCGUCGACAGCCUUCAAUUCCCAGUCCGGAACUAUGGCGAUCUCGGCUUUCGAACAAUCGGCCGUUAUGGCCGCUACAUCACCAAUAUCUGCCAGGGAAUAUCUUUGCUGUUGAUACUUGGACAAGUAGUGAUGCUCUUUGGGCAGAACAUCUCCCAAAUAUCUCGCUUUCGUCUCUGUUACGCCGUGUGUCCUGCGAUCUUUGCGUGCGCGGGCUUCGUGAUCACCCAGGUUCGCACUCUGAGAAACUACGGCUGGUUCGCCAAUCUCGCGGUAUGGAUGAAUCUCUUCGUCGUGGUGAUGACAGUUGCUGUGAUGGCCCAAUCUCCGCCAAAUUACCCUAUUUCUACCCUCGGUUCAGCGGGAAGUGCAGUCGAUCCUUCGACGAUCAAGCCCGAUCGCAAAGGUCGGUAUCCCCCGAUCAUUCACUACAACUCGAUACCUACUGGGAGACUGGUCGGUGCCAUCAACGGCAUGCUGUCGGGGGUGACCGCAUACGCAGGCGCCCAAUUAUUCGUGGAGUUUCUCGCCGAAAUGAAACGACCUCGCGACUUUAUCAAAGCCAUGUGGGGCGCACAGUUCUUCAUCUAUGCCAUCUAUCUCACAUCCGGCUGUUUGGUGUACCACUUUCAAGGCCAGUAUAGCUACAAUCCAAGCUACCAGGGUGUGAGUAUCUAUACCUGGCAGACGGCCGGCAAUAUUGUGUCGUUGCUCGCCGCGUUGAUCUCCGGGGGCCUCUACGGGAACAUUGGCAUCAAAGUCUUCUACAAUAAUGUGCUGCUCGAUAUCUUCAAGGCGCCUCCGAUCACCACUCAUCGCGGGAAAAUCAUAUACGCCGUCCUUGUACCACUCUGGUGGAUCGUUGCCUUUAUCAUUGCCGCUGCCAUUCCUGACUAUUUUGGAUUUGUUAGUGUGGUCGCUGCCUCGAUGCUGGUGAGUUUGACAUAUGCCUUUCCCCCUUUGUUUGCAUUGUUUCACGACAUUCAACGAAAUGCCAUUCGCGAGGCCGAUGGAGAGGGAUUCGAUCCUGUCACAGGUCAAGUCACCAGAAGAGAUGCGACUUCUGCGCGUUGGAUUCGAGGUUUCUUCACCGGUGGGCCCUUGCAAGUGGCCAUCAACACGUGGCAUAUAGUCUACCUUUUGGCAGCCCUUGCCAUGAGUGGACUAGGCAUGUAUGCAGCUAUUCUUGGCCUCGAUGAAGCUUUCCAAAUCCCACAGUUGACUUCUUUCUCAUGUGUCUCUCCACUCAAUCUGAGCUAG